AAACCAUCUGAAUGUUUUUAAUAUUGCUUUCCUUGGUCUAUCCUCCAAUUCAAGCCCUUGUUGCACAGAUGAUUUAUAUAUGGGAAUUCAGAUAUCACCCCUGAGAGAAAUCAUCAUCGAGCAGUUCCGACCUGAUCCUACUCAGCAUUAAGCCGAUACUUGGGGAACAUACCACUUCCUCCACGUUCCUCUCGUAAGGCUCAGCCCAAAGAUAUAUAUACUAGGAUUAACCGUACCUCGUUGCUAUGCAGUAGCUAAGCGACUACCUCUGUUCACAUCACCCAUGGUCUGAUGCAGCUCCUGACGGGUCUCCUCUACGCCGUCUCAACCUACUCUUCCGAUGAUCCACGCGGAGAGUAUCUACUCCUCCAGCCCGAGCAUCGUAAACCUGUAGUGCUCUAUCUGGUUCAUGUUCUCGAGAAAAUCCUCCUACCUCACCUACUGGUGCAGCCAUCUGUUAUUUAAAAGUUCAAGUUUGUGUGGUCGAAAUCCUCCUAGCAGCGGACCAUAAGCUGUACCUCAUCUACCUCUCAUGUACCUCGCAGCCUCUACUGGAUAAGACUGAUCGUAGGCUCAACCUGCGGAUCAUUGAUAGAUCACGACUAGAGCUGUAUGAAUACACCUAUCAUGCUUGAAAAGACUGUCCGUGCAUUAAAUAGGAUUUCCCAGAAUUAGGACUGUAAGAAAUUCUUUCAAGAGGAAGCUUUAUCCAGUAUUUCGUGAGGAAGCUUUAUCCAGUAUUUCAAGAGGAAGCUUUAUCCAGUAUUUCGUGAGGAAGCUUUAUCCAGUAUUUCGUGAGGAAGCUUUAUCCAGUAUUUCGUGAGGAAGCUUUAUCCAGUAUUUCAAGAGGAAGCUUUAUCCAGUAUUUAUUCUGUUUAACUCGACAUUUGAAACUAUUAAUUUGUUGCUUUAGUUGCCUUACUCUCAAUAUGUAUCCCUCAAAAUGGAACAUUUAACAACCUCACCCCUGCAUUUUUUACCUCUUCUCUUACCAUCUGUUCAAUUAUUACCCAUCAUUUCCUUCUGAUUAAUUAACAGGGUAAAAGCUUGAGAAAGGAUGGUUUGAACCAUAGAUUAAUUAAUAAAUACAGUUAAACAACAAUAUACUCGAAGCUGAAUAGGCCAUACCAACAUUUUAUAUUUCUUCAGAAGGUUCUAUAGCUGCAGUCUUAUAACGACAUUUCAUGGAACGUUUCCAAUUUUUCUGAUUUUCAACAAUGUUAAGAUAGUUGCAGUACAUAUUUACGAAAAUCUGAAUUUCAACAAUGCUAAGAUAGUUGCAGUACAUGUUUACGAAAAUCUGAAUUUCAACAAUGUUAAGAUAGUUUGCAGUACAUAUUUACGAAACUCUGAAUUUUAACAAUGUUAAGAUAGUUUGCAGUACAUAUUUACGAAAAUCUGAAUUUCAACAGUGUUAAGAUACGUUUGCAGUACAUAUUUACGAAAAUCGGAAUUUCAACAAUGUCAAGAUAGUUUGCAGUACAUAUUUAAGAAAAUCUAAAUUUCAACAAUGUUAACAUAGUUUGCAGUACAUAUUUACGAAAGUGUUCAUCAUCUAUGAAUGUGGUAACCGCCAAGAAAGCUUUUGGAAUCUUUGACACUCAAAGUCCUAAAAAUGAAAAGUCUAUGCAGACAUUUUUCCUUGUUCCAUAAACAAUUUCAUGCUUAAACUUGUUCGAAAAUAAAACAUUGUAAUUGAAAAAAAGUCCUUUUUUUAAAAUUUGAACAUUUGAAUUUUAAGAUUUAUGAUGCUUAUACAAUAGUUUAUUUUGUAUAUUGUAUAAGAAAAUUAUUUUGUUAUCCAUUUGUUUGUGCUUCAGAAAAAUGAAGGAAGACAGGUAAUUAUCUCCUGAAAAUGCUACUGCAGUUAGUUCUGUACCUAUUAGGAGCACUACCAAGAACACUAGUACUGAACUAGAAAGGUACAGAGAUAGGCAGUUGAGGUGUUAUUAUAAACCUCGUGAACCUCUUGGUCACUAUUCACAGCAUCCCCAGUAUACAAACCGGAGGUAUACUCCAACAUAUUCAAGAUCAGGAGUUUUCCUAGAAACCUAGAACCUAAAAACAGUCCAGCCACUUCGAAGAACAUGGCAACCAGAAACAAAGAUCCUGUAUCCACUCAACCUCAAACUUCAAGUUUAUCAAAUUCUGGCUUUUGGGAGUGUCCUGACUGUGGCAGUAAAAACAAAUCUGUAAACAAAGCCUGCUUUAGCUUUGAAUGUAGCUACAGUGUCCCAACAGAAGCUAAGAAAAAGAAGAAAAAUAAGAGUAAGAAAAAAGGCUACAUGUCAAAAGAUGAUACCUGUCCGAAGGAUCAUAAGGAUGAAGCCAGAGCUGUAGAGAAGUACGACCAAGUCAACAAAACCAGAGUUGAGUGCUUGAUAAUUAAAUCUGGAGGAGAUCAGAAUCCUAGCAUUAAGUCCGCAGUUCAGGACCUCAGCUCCCUGAAUCUUGAAGCUAAAGCUCAGGCUCCUCCAAUUUCUGGAGGUAAAGAUAUAAUGAAUCCGAAUACUACUAGGCAAAACAUGAAAGAAGCUGAAGUUUUAAAAGAACAAGAAUCUACUAAAAAUUGCCCUCAAUCUGAUUUGGAUGGACAUGAAGAGCCUAUCAUUCAGUCUUUUGAAGCUGAAGUGGACGGAGAAAACGUUCUUCAGGCUGUUGAUGGCAUAGCUGUUUUUAAUGAGAUGUCUAACUUGAAUGAUGAGUGUAGAACUUCAUGUUCCUCUGUAGCAUCAGAACUUGAGUUACAGACGAUGAGUGUGAAGCCACAUGUUAAACCCAAGAAUCAACGAGUGCAAAGGACUCCAAAGGAGUUCUACACUAAGAUGGAAAUUUUGGAUAUAAAAUUGAAAGAUGGAAUUCCUGUCAAACAACUGAUUCUAAUACCUGAAACGUUUGAGACAUCAGCAAGAACUAUUGAGUUUGGCCCGAUAGGGAGAUUGGGAGUCGGAGUCUGUUCAAUAGCGAUAAAGUCAGGUCCAUUCAAAGGAUUUCAACUGCGGAGAUAUAUCCAAGGAAUUUAG